AUGCACUUUUUAUCACAACGUAAAUACUCACAUAUGUGCAUCAUUUUCUUUGAAGCUCUACAAAAGGUUUAUUAUAUAACUCGCAAGUUAAUAAUGCGACAGUUCAUCGUUAUGCUGUUGAUCUUCCUGUUGAUGCUUCAACAUGUAAAUAGUUCCGGUCGUUGUACUUGUAUCUGCUGUCGUGGGGCAGACUGUUCGCCUGUAAAGCAACAUCCUUUCAAUGUGAAGUCUUGUGAUAUAGAUAAUAAAUGUGAUGCUUUCUGUUGUCAACGUUAUCCAGAAGUUUGUUUUCCAUUACCUGGGCCGGGAUUUAUCGAUUCAGUUUGUAAAAAUUUAACUAUGCAUAAUUCUAAAUGA